AUGCAAACAAUUCAUAAACUAGAUGGAUUUACUGAAAUCUAUUUUAUGGUUGAUAAAAGAAAAAAAGGCUGGAUUACUAUGCCAGAAUUACGAAAGUAUAUGGAAGAAAAUGAUGUGGAUGAAAAGAUGUUCGAACGUUGGAAAACUCUAUUUGAUCCUGAAUCCACUGGUCGUAUAACAUUGGAAAAAUUCUGUGAAGUAUUAGGUUUACAAGAUGAAGUUAUAAAUGUUCAAACUGCUAUUCAAGGAAAUGAAAUGCAAGAUGUACAUGUUAUUCAAACGGAUAUGAACACAAAAAUGAAAUUGACUAUUUGUGGACUAAUUGAUGAAGGAAUAUUGAUUUAUCAAAAUGAUUCGAAAUUAGCUGAAUUCUUGAAAAAUGAAUUGGAUAAGUAUUUUGGAAAGUUAUGGAAUGUAAUCAUCAUCUAUGGUCGAUACUGGUCACGCUAUUGUCAUGAAACAGGUUAUAAUUUCUGUUUCAUUAAAGAUGAUCGUAUAUUCCUAGUAUACAAGAUUCCGGAUUUAGAAUAG